AUGAUCGAAGCAGAAUCUCCGGAACUGGAGGUCGAAGACAUGCAAAUGGUCGAACAGGUGCUCAGUUUGAACGAGAACGGAUUAGAACAGGCGCUGGUCACGCAAGCGCAUCUGCUAGAAGAAACAGACAUCAAUACCGUCCUCAGCACCAUACAGGUGGACGAGUUCAGCGAUUUCUUCACAGUGAAUCGGAAUGGAGAGUACGAGCCGUCCCGAGAAGAAGCCGAAGAACUGGAGAAAGCCUUGGCUGAGGUCGACAACGACGUGAAAUCGUUGGAAAAGCUGAGCCAGACUCAGGGGCUGCUCGACUCGCUGAUGGCCGUUUUCCUCCAUAAAAAGCAGCUAGGCGCAGCGAUUUCCGACGGGCAGUCAGUCAGAAUCGCGAUAUUGACUAUAAAGUGUGGAGGCGUUUAUUUGAAUUCCAGUGAUAGUUUUUAA